AGAUACUUGCUUAAGAUGGUAACUUGUGUGUAACUUUAACUUUUGUCCUUUAAUAAAUGGAAUGGAUUUCUCAUCAAGUGAAGACUUUCUAUCUUUGCCUGAUGAGCGGUGGCCACCAUUAGGUGCUUCCUCUUCCCCUGAUCUUCCCAUCAUGACGGAGCCAAAAAAGCAGGAAGAAAACAGAGUUGCUCAACUUGAAGAAGAGAAGGAGCAUCUCACAUCCUCACUCUUCUCACUUACAACUAGAUUUGCUCAGAUACAGUUUCGCCUCCACCAAAUUACUGAGUCGUCCCCUGAAGAAAGAGAUCAUCUUCUUAAGGAAUUGGAGGAGUUUGCUCACAAAGGAUGUGUGGACCAACAGAUCGUCAAAUCACAACCAUCAGAAAACACCAGCAGCGACGAGGAGAGGAAGACAAUGACUCAGGAGUUAAAAGAAAAACACGAAAUAAUUAUCAAUGAGUUGAAAGCUCAACUUAAUGACUUUGAGUCCUUUGCUUUUAAACAGGGAGCAGGGAGCGUUCCCCAAUCUGUCCAACUGGAGAAGCAACAAGCUUUGUUGGAGCAGUUGACCCAAAAGUUGAACUUGCAAGUAAAUGAAGAUGAUUUUGCCCACACAUCAGUGGAUGACUUGAGAAACAGAGUGGACGAAGCUGUGGCUGAGAUAGUAAACCCUGCCAAGAUCAAAGGGAGAUUGGUUGACCAUCUUCAAACACAGAUUCAAGAUCUUGAGCGAUUUGUUGAAUUCUUACAAGAAGCUGAAGAUGAGAAAUCCUCUGGUUCAGUGCCCAACCCCACUACUGGUAAUAAAACGUCAGAUCGGAAAAAAUCUGAACGUCGGCAAGCGAUGGUGUUGGUUAGAAGGGCUAUGGCUAUUAUACAGAUGUUCUCGAUCGCACAGUUUGGUUGUGGAGGCCGCCCACAGCCCGAAGAAACAAUAGUGGACACAAAAUCAUUGAUCGAUAAUUUAAAACGAGCUGUCAAUCAUGUCCGAUCCAUGGCAGCCAAUCAGGCACGUGUAUGCGACGGAGAAUCAGAGACUGAGACAUCUAGUGUCUCAAGUUACGAGGACGACACGGAUCGCUUGAAUCUUGUCACGGAUGAGUUAACACAGCUUGUACGAGGUGAAUUAUACGCAGCUAUCAUUGAUAUAUUGGGCAAUGGUUUAGUACAUGAUGCAAUAGGUGGGCAUGGAUCAUCACUUAUAUCUCCUAUAUCAUGUUUACUACCAAGAAGUAUGGACACCAAAUAUGCUUCACAACCCAUGCAUCCUUGGGAAUUAUUCCUUGAAUAUUACGAGGUAAAGAACGGACCAGAGUUCGCUCGCUCCCCGAGUCGAAUGUUGUCGCGGUCGUUCAACCUUGACGACCUCGUUGCUAGCGGCGACACGUCCAGAUCAAAAAUUGCGAAGCAUUCUCUCCUUGAAGCAAUCCACCUAGUGGUUAAAGAUCACGACCCUCUUAAACGAGGAUACGAUGCCAUGUUUAAAGCAUUGAUAUGCCUUGGUUUAAAUGCUGGUCGCUUAUCAAGAUGGAUUCGUCUCAUUUCCCGAGUCCCAAGCAUCAUAUCAAAACAUUACAGUGAUGCCAGUUAUGUUGCACGCACUGGUAUGGAAGGGAUGGUAACAGUGUUGACCAAACUUGACACAAUCGCAUUUGACCUGCCAGUAGACGUCGCUGUUAGACCGUUCAAAAAUAUGCGCGAUGCUUUUUAGGGUGGUUUGUUUUUUGUUCUAUAUGGGUGAGGUUAUAGGACAAGGCCUGCCAGCGAACUGGUUUAUAUUAUGGUAAAGUCAAAAAUAACAUGGCUACAAACUUUUUUUUUACAUCCUUUUUACUUUAAACACUUAUUAAACACAUUAGGAAAAGCAUUAAAUAAUGUCAUAAACUUUUUUAUUUUAAUAAAACACGGAUGUGCUUACAAAUUUAGUAUAACUCUCCACCAUUUAAAUGCAUUUUAUUUUGGCCAGAUUUAUUUAAAUUCUUGUUGCCAGGCACAGGCAAGGUACAUUCUGCAUUCUAUAUUUUGGGCUCAUUCACAGUAAAACACCACUCAAAACAAAUACCUAUAUUUUCACACCUAAUGUAUCAUAUGAAUAUGACACUUUUUAGAGUGUUACGUACUUUCAGAUAGGUGAUUAAAUAGAAGGGAAUAACAAAGGCACAAUUGCAAAAUUAAUUCGAUAGAAAAAAUCAUUAAAAAAAAAGAGUCUAUAAAACACCACACAUAUGACUGACAAUGAAAAUAUGGUGCAAUCAAUUUAAAUUAGUUGAAUGGUGGGUAUAAAUAAUACCAGCCAUAUAACAAUGUUAUCCCAUGUGUACGUAUUGCCAAAUCUGAAAUGGUCUGUAGUUACACAUGCCUUGCUUAUGUUCUGUAUACUGCAUCGUGUAUAGAUAACUUAUUUGUUUGUUUUUAUGCUCAAACAAAAACUUUAAGUGUAUUGAAACAAUUUGAAUGUGGUUGUGGUAAUUGCGAUUCAAAGCCUAGGUUUUAUUUAAAUUACUUUGUUUUCCUAAUUAACUUAUACUUCCAAAAGCUCUGAACUUAAAACUAUGCCCCUGGUUUUAAAAAAAAUAAUGUAUUCGAUUGGGUGAUUCUGUUAUCCAAUCAAAUGAUUGAAGUUAAUAUUUUUAACCAACCACAAAUCUUGUAUGGUUCACGCCCACUUUUUAGCAGCCAAUCAAAAUGUUUGAAUGCUUCAAUAGAACUUGCCCUAACUUUGCACCAAAUGUUCCAGUUAUUUUGAACGUAUUUUUGCACAGAAUAUUUUCCUACCUUUGUAUAAAAGCACAUGCCCUAAAAUGUACAAAAAUCUCUUCAGAAAACUUCCAAAAACUAUUUAAAACAAAAGUUAACAUAAAUUAACAUAGAAUCUUAACAUGUUCAUAGACAUUAGGACCACCCACACUCAUAUUUUUAUAGUUUUUAUUCGCUUUAUGUUUCCUCGUGUUUUUAUCAAUGUAACUUACUCACAUAUAUUGUUGUAUAUAAGUUUAUAAACAGGUAAAGGUACGAAUAAUAGAAAUAGCAUUGUAUAUAUUAUCAUAUCUAUGUUGGUGCAAAUUGAAUGUGCAUUAUAGCCCAUUAUCCGAAUACAUUUCGUGCAAUACUUUACUCCAGCACUUCGUAACGCAACUUUUCAAUCUUUUCAAUUUCCAAAUCCCAAUUUCAACUCAAAAAAUCAUUUUCCAAUUUUUCCUGUUAUUGUAAAGUUGUUGGAUUUUGUUCAAACUGUUAAUUUUGUUCCUUAGUCGUCUCUUCUUCACUCGUUUGUGACGUCAUUUUUUUGUGACGUAUUUUGCAUUAGUCUUCAAUACAGGUGGUGAUAUCGAUAUGA